AUGUCUAUCUUUGGUAAAACAGAGCCUCCAAGGGAGACUCACCCCGCAAUGGACAAGCAUGAUUCCGACACAGAUGCCCAGUCUCAACAAAAUAACAACUCCAGCCCUUCCAGUGAAAAGGAGAGUACAUUGGUCGACGAGCCAACGCGAGAUGCCACGGCACCCGACGAUACCAACAAAGAGGCCACGACCGACUCCUCCAGGGAAGCCGACUUGAACGAAAACUCCGAGAAGGAAUUGAUGCCACAAAACGAUUCGGAGAAAGAAGCGUCCAACAUGGACGAAAAGAGCGAGGAUGCGAAGCCAGGUGAAGAGCCCUCAGACGACACGGAAUAUCCAAAAGCCUGGAGACUGCUCCUCAUUACAAUUGCGCUGUGCCUCUGUGUAUUUUGCGUCGCACUGGAUAACACGAUCAUUGCAACCGCAAUUCCCAAGAUUACGGAUCAGUUCAAUUCGCUAGAUGAUGUGGGUUGGUAUGGAAGCGCAUAUCUGUUGACCACCUGCUCCGUCACUCUGAUGUUCGGCAAACUCUACACAUUCUACCCAAUCAAGUGGAUUUACUUGAUUGCUCUCUCCAUUUUUGAAAUCGGCUCUUUGAUCUGUGGUGUCACCCCGAGCUCAGUGGGAUUGAUCUGCGGUCGUGCCAUUGCAGGCCUAGGAGCAGCUGGGCUAUUUUCCGGGUCCAUCUUGAUCAUCAGUCAAAGUGUGCCUCUGGACAAACGCCCCGUGUAUACCGGAUUGGUGGGUGCAAUGUUUGGAAUUGCGAAUGUGGCCGGUCCAUUAAUGGGAGGCGCUUUUACAGACAACCUUACCUGGCGCUGGUGCUUCUAUAUCAACCUACCAAUCGGGGCUGUCACGUUCUUCUUCAUUGUGUUCUUCUUCCGCUCCACCAAGGCGAUUAAGCAGAAGGCUGGGUGGAAGCAGCAGUUGGCUGAGAUGGAUCUCCUCGGCUCCUUCUUUUUCCUGCCGGCAAUCAUCUGCUUGCUUCUGGCACUGCAGUGGGGCGGUACUAAGUAUAGUUGGAGCGAUGGCCGCAUCAUUGCCCUUUUCGUCAUUUUCGGCGUGUUGGGUCUGUUGUUCAUGUGGAUUCAACACCGUGGUCAGGAUCGCGCCACCGUGCCUCCUCGCCUGAUUAAAAACCGCAAUGUCUGGGGUGCUGCUUGGUAUGCCAUGGCACUUGGAGGAUGCUACUUUGUCCUCGUCUAUUAUCUUCCUAUUUGGUUCCAGGCCAUCAAAGGCGCCUCGGCCAUGAAGUCCGGCAUCAUGAACUUGCCAAUGAUUAUUGCCGUUGUGGUUGUAUCGGUUCUGGCAGGUGGUCUCAUCACGGCAUGUGGUUACUAUACCCCCUUCAUGAUUUUCUCAUCCAUUAUCAUCACCAUUGCAGCAGGUCUCCUGUCCACUUUGGAUGUCAAUUCGGGCCACCCCAAAUGGAUUGGAUACCAAGCCCUGUUCGGUAUCGGCCUCGGACUAGGCAUGCAGCAGCCGAUGAUUGUCGCACAAACCGCUCUCAAAGCGGAAGAUGUGCCCAGUGGGACGGCCAUCAUGAUGUUCACGCAGACUCUGGGUGGAUCAAUCUUCCUCUCCGUAGCACAGAAUAUCUUCCAGAACCAGCUCUUCCAUAACCUUGCUGUGGAUGCCCCAGGUACUGAUGCUACGAAGCUGGUAUCCGCUGGCGCAACUCUGCUACGCUCUGUCGUGUCUGGACCCAUCCUGGAGAGAGUUUUGGUUGCCUAUAAUGAAGCGAUCACGCAAACAUUCUACGUCUCCGUGGCAAUGGGAGCAUUGUCGCUCAUUGGUCCCAUCUUUGUUGAGUGGUUGUCAGUGAAAGGCAAGAAGAUCGAGAUGGCUGCGGUGUAA